GCUUUUUCAUUUGAAUCGAUAAAGGAUUCAAGUUGGUUCAGUGUCCUCGUAUUAGAAGUGAAGCUUUUUAAAUGUAAAAUUGCUGAAGAAAACCUUGUCAAAGCCCUUUAAAUUGAGACGCCCAACAUUCCUGUAACUCAUUACAACAAACUAUCGUUGGAAAUAGUUUAUUACGGCAUAGCUCACAGGGCACAUCUUUACGAUUCGCUAGGCCAAUCAUGAGUGCUUCCACGUCCAACAACGAUACCACCACGACCGGAAGCGGAAACCAGUGCGGAGAAGGAAGUGGGGGUGGUCUUCCGUCCGGAGGAGCUCCCCAUGGCUCGAAAAAGACCAACGUUUGCCUGAUCUGUGGCAUCUACACCAAUCAAUCUUUGAACAUCUUUGAGCCACGGAACGGACCCAACAUCCGCGAGGUUAUUUACCAAAAGUACAAUUUCAAGGCUGAACGCAGUGACAAUGAGGACAAGUACAUUUGCUACAGUUGCAACAACUGGCUUAUCAACUGGUACUCUCUCCAACACGUAUCGGAAACCCGUAACUACGAGUCAACCCCAUCGUCGAGCAGGUCACAAUCUGAAAGUCGAAACAAACGUACCAAAAACGACCGUUCCCAGUCCAACUCAUCGGCCGGCUCGAGUCGCAAUAAGGAAAAUGUCGAACAAGAUAACCAUGUAUCUUCCACGGUACGAACGCCGGAAAAAGAAAACGUCUCGCCAAAGCGGAAACCAAAGCGAUGCUCAUCCGCACGAAUACUGAGAGAAACUUGCCAGCAGAAUGUCAUCUCGAGUAGCACCAGCAGCAACAAUGUUGAGCACCAAUAUGAUCUAGUCAAACCAUUCGAAUCCCGUCUCAUACGCAUGCUGGAGAAUCAAGGAACCAGCGUUAUCAAGGAACAAAUUAACGUUAAUGGGGAGUCCACCUUGAGGUCCAUCAACAAGCCGAAAAAUGCGAGUCCAAAGGGCCCACAUCGAAAACCAUUUGCCGAAUGCAAUGAAAUCGUGCUGAGUUUUGAUUCCGCUAUCUCGGAAUUAGUAGAAGUCAUUCCAUCGUUGAAGUCGCUUCAUCAGGACACAGUAGAACCGAAUUUCGACCACAAAUCUCUUGACACAAACCUUUUAUCUCGGUCCCUGUCGAUUUCAAUUAUUGAGGCGGUGGACCAUAGGCUGGACUUGAAAGCAAAUCCGACAAAAAGGGGAUCGGAUUAUUAAGAAGUACUUUGAAGAAGUAACAGUAACGAGAAGGAAAGAUCGGAAAAGAAUGUUUAUGAAAUUAUGUAUUAGCUUCGCCAUUCCAUAAGCUUAUUUAGCUGUUUCCACCGGUAAUACCAAAAAUAAUUUUAGGUUCUCGUGUUAAAAUAUUCUUAUUUAUUGGUUUCCAUUUGAACUCACACUACAACAUUGUAGGUAUCAAAACGAGCUAUUUUCUAUGAAUUCAAAGAUAUGUUAUUAGCCAAUAAUAAUCCAACCUGAACUAAAAAUUUAAGGUUUUUCCAAAUUAGUUUUGAAGAUUAUGAAAUUCCUAGCUGAAUUUAUCGAAAUGGUCGCAUCUCGAUCUUUCUACAUAUUUGGCUAAAUUUUUGAAACCAGACCUACCAAUGCGUAAGCCAUCUCAUUAGUUAUAAGUUAAGGCCAUGACUGUAUAAUUAUAUGUUUUUAGAUUUUGACGAAAUGUUCAAUUGUGAUUUUGUAAGGCACGUUAAAUCUCUGUUAUGUAGCCGAAAUACAUCAUGUGAAGAAGAAAUAAAAAAUAAAAUGUCAUA